AUCAUUGCGCCUUUCCAUUUUCCAUUUCUUCUUUUCUCUCAUUUCAACGGCUCUUCUUCUUCUUCUUCUUCUUCUUCUUCCUAAAUUAGCUUUCUUGAACGCCCUCGAUUGAGAACUCCAUCAAUCUUGAAAUCAAUUCAAGAUUUAAGUUCUUCCCAGUUCAUCUUUCUUCUGGAUUCGUCACUGUAAUGGCUCCAACCCCGUCUUCUAAAUCUAAUCAAGGUCAUAUGACCCAAUUGAGAACUCCUCAAGCGAAGCGCCUCAAUUUCAAUCCCCCUAGAUCACAUUCAUCCCCUUUUCCCAAUUCCGCCAUUAAAGACUCCCAGUCCGAGCAUCCUGUUGAAGUAAUCGGCCGGAUCCGAGACUAUCCCGACCGGAAAGAUAAACCGGUUUCGAUCCUGCAGAUAAAUCCCGAUGGACAGAACGUCCGGGUUCGGGCUGACUUUGGGUACAGGGAUUUCAGUCUCGAUGGGAUUUCGCUGUCGGAAGAGGAAGAUCUUGACUCGUUUUACAAGAAGUUCGUGGAAGCGAGGAUUCAUGGUGUUAAGUUGGGUGAGAAAUGUACGAUUAUGAUGUAUGGACCAACCGGUGCCGGCAAGAGUCACACGAUGUUUGGCUGUGCGAAGCAGCCGGGGAUUGUGUAUAGGUCGCUGAAGGACAUUUUAGGUGACGGAGAAAAUGAAGCUGCCUCUACUGCCGGAGUCGAUGGUGGCGAGCGGCUGAAUGUUGGGAUGUUUGUACAAGUUACGGUUCUGGAGAUCUAUAAUGAAGAAAUAUAUGAUCUUCUUUCGAGUAAUUCUGGUGGAGGACUAGGGCUUGGUUGGCCUAAGGGAAGUGCCUCUAAGGUGAAGCUUGAAGUGAUGGGAAAGAAGGCAAAGAAUGCUACUUAUCUAUCUGGAAAUGAAGCAGGAAAGAUUUCCAAAGAGAUUCAGAAAGUGGAGAAAAGAAGGAUUGUUAAAAGUACACUCUGUAAUGAGAGAAGUUCUAGAAGCCAUUGCAUGAUAAUCCUUGACGUGCCGACUGUCGGUGGACGCCUGAUGCUCGUGGAUAUGGCUGGUUCUGAAAACAUAGAGCAAGCUGGACAAGUUGGAUUUGAGGCAAAAAUGCAGACAGCAAAGAUUAAUCAAGGUAACAUUGCAUUGAAAAGAGUGGUUGAAUCAAUUGCCAAUGGUGAUUCUCAUGUGCCUUUCAGAGACAGUAAAUUGACCAUGCUUCUGCAGGAUUCUUUUGAGGAUGAUAAAUCCAAAAUUCUGAUGAUUCUGUGUGCUAGCCCUGAUCCAAAGGAAUUACACAAGACAAUCUCUACUCUCGAAUACGGUGCGAAAGCCAAAUGCAUUGUCCGUGGUCCUCAUACACCAACAAAGGAUAAAUGUGGUGCUGAUGAUUCUGCUUCAGCUGUUAUUCUGGGUUCGAGAAUUGCGGCCAUGGACGAUUUCAUCUUCAAGUUACAGAAGGAGAACAAACUUAGAGAGAAAGAGCGAAAUGAGGCACAUAGAGAACUCAUGAAGAAAGAAGAAGAGGUGUCAGCAUUGAGAGCUAAGCUCGAGCUAGCGAGUUCGAAAGGAUCAAACGUGAGUGAGGAAGAGAUCAAUUCGAAGGUGAAUGAGAGAACGCAACUUCUGAAACUUGAGUUGGAGAGGAAGCUGGAGGAGUGCCAGAGAAUGGCCAAUGAAUUUGUUGAACUGGAGAGGAGAAGGAUGGAAGAAAGGAUACUGCAGCAGCAACAAGAAGUCGAAAUGUUGAGACGUCGGUUGGAAGAGAUCGAAUCCGAGCUAUUGAAUUCAAAGGAUGCUACAAGCAAUGAUGUAAACAAAUCAAGGGACAUGGAUGGCUGCAGGCUUGCUAAAAGACUCUUAGGAGUAUAUGCUAGUGCAGAUGCAGGGAUGGUGAAGUCCAUGGACUUGGACAUGGAUGAUCAAGAACCAAUUCGCGAAGUAAAACUCAUCGGCGGUGUGGAUUAUCAACCAACUACCAACAAUGGUAUCCAAAGCCUACUAGACAAAGUGAACGAGAAAGUUGAUCAUAAUGUAUUUUCAUCACGGUUUGGGGAUGGGGAUAGAGUAUGCCUAAGUACUGUAUUCGAGGAAGAAGAAGCAGAAGAGGAAGAGGAGAAGGAAGUUAUAGAAGAAAAGAGAGUGGUGUGUACAGUGGAAGGACUCACCGAACAACAACUGACACCAAACGUUGUGAUCAGGAGUCAGAACAAAGAAGAUUUUAUCAAGGAGAGAUCAGAGAUCGGCAUCGGAUUGUUAAACGACAACGAAAACUCCAAGGACACCGCAUUCUCGAGAAAGUUGAGAAUUCAAAAUAUAUUUACUCUUUGUGGAAACCAUAGAGAGCUAUCUCAACAAAUUGCCCCAACACCUGAGAAGAAGAGAUCUGAUGAUGCUGAAAACCAGCACCCUUCAUCUCCAUUGAAGACAAUUGGAGAAGUUCAUAAGCCUACAUCAGAUCAUUACACUCAAAUCCUUUCAGACCUGACGAACCAGAAUGGAGCUGUAUUGACAGAAAAUGAAGAGACAAUGCAGCCUAUAAAGCUGCUACAAGUAAAGGGAGGAAUAAACAGCCCAAGUGUUGUACCAAUGAGUCCAGUUCUUCCAUUGUGCUCAAAGGAGAACAAGCUACCACCCGGCACGCCGAACAUGGUAUCGCAGCAAGGUGAUGGGCUAUCACCGAGGCUCAGCGCUACGCCGUUCAUCACAGUAAGAAGACACUAAGGGGGAAGAAAAAGGGGAGGUGUUUUAUGUUUAGGAGUUUUGCUGCAUUAUGGUUGUGCUUUGAGUAUAUAGAGAUGAAUAUACUCUUGCGUUGAACUAUUGAAGUUGUUAAUAGAUUCAUGAAAUCUUCAAUGUAAUUCAGUUAUAUAUUAUACUUUGUUAAAUAUGAAACUUACUCUUCCUUCCCAUUAUUCUUCUUCUUCUAAUAGAUGCAUACAAAUUCAGUUCCACA